ACCUGCAAGCCCUUUACGUUUAUGAGAGACAGUGAGAGGUCAGAGUCUUCACGCUGCAACCCACCCCAAACCUCAGCCAAUGAGGAUCAUGGGCAUGGGCGCAUGUGCACGCACACUCAGGUGUACAGGGAGACCUUGACCAUGUACCCAGGACCCUCCCAUGUAGCCUCAGCCUCUGAGCAUUGUUACUGCCGUGCCAUCCCAGCUGGCCUGCCUCUACCAUUCAGGCCUCUGUCCGAACUCCCCACCUCAGGACUUUCCUGACCACCUGGACCAAAGUGAAGCCACACAGCCCUUGUAUCUACCGCAGUGUCUACUUGGGGAUGCAUCCCUGGCUCCCCUGACAUGCCAUCAUCAAACCCCCCCCUUUCUCCACUGCCUGCUCCCAGAGGGCAGGGAAGGCAGGGAGGGCAGGGAUGCCUACCAGUUCAUUGCGACAGAAGGACCCAGUAUGUUGUAGGUGUUUGGUGACAACUGGGAUGAAGGUUCUGGGGCCUGCGUAACCCUCGUGCCAGGUGCUGCCCUAAGCACCACACGCACUGCGUCCUCUCCAUCCAGCUGGUGGGUAGGUUGUCACCAAUCCUGGUUGACACAUGAGGAAAACGGUCUUGGGUCAAGCAACUGUCCCAGGGCUAGCAAGUGUGGAGCUGAGACUCAGACCAGAACCCAACUACUGAGUCCCACCGACCAGAUGAGGAAACUCAGGCCUAGGAAAGGGAAGGAGUUGCCUGGAGUUGGGCGAGUGGCUGCCUCCAGUUUGGAACCCAGGCUGCCUCCGGCCACGUGCAAGCUGCUCAGUCCCUAUUUCUCUGGAAAGAGAGGCCCAGCUCUCACGUGGUGGGCCUGGGCCAGAAGCCGGAGGGGAACUCUUGCAGGGCGUGGGUCCCCAUGAAUAAUUGAGGGUCUCGGCAGGCGGCCGCCCUGCAGCUGUCGCCCCGCUGCCGGCAAGGAGAGGGCGGCAGUGACGUCAGUUCCUGCCCCGAGGGGCCACAGCACGGGUUAUAAAGCGCCAUCGCCUGGCCGCAGAGCUGAGGACCUUGCCCCGCCGUCCCACCAUGCCGUGCCGCAGGCCCAUCUCGGUGCUGCUGCUGCUGCUGCCGCUGCUGCUGGGGGCGGGCAUGGCUGCUCCCCUGGCGCCAAGAUCCUCCAAAAAAGAGCUGACCCGCUGUAUGGCAGAGGUGGUCACCGAGGUGCUGACACUAGGCCAGGCCCAGAGAGGACCCUGCAUGGCCCUGCUCCAAAAAGAGAUGUGCGAGACCGAGCCCUACAGCUGCAUGUCCGCCACGGCUGACAAAGGGCUGCUGGCUGGGGAAUUCAAGGAGCAAGACUCAGGGAAGACGAGGUCCAGCCAGGAGGUGAGGGAUGAGGAAGAGGAGGCGGCCACAGAGAGGACCCACAAGUCUGAGGUCCGGGAACAGGCCAUCCAUGAGCAGCUCCACAGCCAGCUCCACCAGGAGAGGGAGGAGGAAGAGGAGAAAGAGGAGCAGGAAAAGAAGGGGCCCGUGGAGACCCUCAAGGAGCUGUGGAAACAGCGUCUGGAGGCCGGAGGGGGCCCCCAGAAGCGAGUGGCGGAGAAGGCCAGCGAUGAGGAGACAGCCCAGUUUGAGGCAGAGAAGGCCAUGCAGGUGCUGGGCAGGGGCCACAACCUGUGGCAGGGGACCGAGAGGGGUGGAGGAGAGAGGCACGAGGCCUCGCCACACCACCACCAUCACCACCAGCAGCCAGAAGCUGAGUCCAAGCAGAAGGAAGAAGCCUUGGAGAGGGAGGACCAUGCUGUGGAGAGGCUGGAACACGUGCGAGAUGAGCUGAAGAAGGCCUCAGAGGUGCUGGGGGAGGAGCUCAGGAGGGAGGGCUGACCUCUGUCCUCCCCAACACACCCUUACGGCCUAGGACUGCUGACCCAAAGCCCCCACCUCAGCAGGCACCCUACUCCACCCCUCCAGCCUGCUGUGGGUGGGAAAGGGUGCUGGAACCAAGCCUAUGGGGGUAAGUCUGAGCUGAGUAGGGCUGGGCUCAGACCUGACUCAGGAAACACACCCCAACACCCCCGACCCACCGCAGCCCUUCUGAUGAAUAAAGCACAA